UGCCCUUUCAUUUCCCUUACAUUUUUGCAUCCACCUUCUAAAUCCCUAAUCUCAAACAAACUCCACUUUAACAAAAAUAACAGUUGUAGACUUCAAAGAAGAAAAUCGAAAUUCCUUUGAACUUUCCACUGCAGAAAGAUACAAUUUUGGUGGUUAGUAAUUCCCCCACGAAGAUCUUCAUCGACUCCAUUCUUUUCAACAAUUAAGCCAUUCAAGAGGAUUUUGGAUGAUAGUUGGUAUUUUUAGUGACAAUGAUGUAUAUAUUAGAGGUAGGUUUGGCUUUGCUUUCUACCAUUCUGUGGAUGAUUUGAUUUUCAAUUUUAAUUGGAUGUUCUGUUCUAAUUCUUUUAUUUAUGUAGAGAUUGAUAAUAAUCAUCAAAGAUGAUCCUGAUCUUCCAGUUUUAUUUGGCUUAUUAUCCUCUAGAUGCCAAACUAAUGGAUUUCUUUUUUCCAAACUUUUGAUUGAUUUUCGAUCUCUUAAUAAGAUGGCCAGAAUCUUUUUUGGAUUGAGAGAGGAGUUUCAAGGCAAUCCCUCCUCUCUUUUCUUAUUAGGCAAUUCCAGGGUUCUUUUCUUCCCUAUGUUUUAAUUGUGGAAUUGAUUAGAACUCUUUUUUCUUUUUUGGAUUUUUUUUUUCUCCUUUUCUUUUGUAUGUAUUUGGCUAGGGGUAAUUAAGGUUGGGAAGAAUA